AUGGGGAAAGGCGAUCACUGCUGCGUUCCGCAGUGCAACAGCGACCGACGUUCGGACAAAAAUACUUUGUUCCACGUCUUCCCUGGUAGCAAAGAAACAAAAACUGGAGAAGCUAGAAGCGUGAGCAGGGACGAGUUGGACACAAGGAAGUCUUGGAUUGCCGCCAUCCGUCGAGAUGAGAGGGACGGUGUGUUUACCAUCAUGUCGUACAGUACAGUGGUGUGUUCUAACCACUUCACGGACGAAGACUAUGUCCAAGGGACAAAGAAGUCGGGCGCAAGGCUGAAAUCUACUGCUGUUCCAAGCCUAUUUGCAUGGAAGAAGCCCACGAAGAGAAAGUCUCGCGAGCGUGGUGCUUCUCCUCCUCCUAAAGUAGCAAAGGAGCCCAAGUCAGACGCUGCAAAGCUGAAAGCCACGACGAAGGAAAAUGCCAAGCAAAAAGACGAACUUGAAGAAGCACUGGCUGCUAUCGACGAUAUCCAAGUCGACUUCAGCCUGAAGCUAUUUUCUCUAGCUCGGUUUGAAGACUCUGACUCCGAUAUGCAGUACUACACUGGGUUUCCUUCACUUGCUGCAUUUGAUGCAUGUGAACAAUUUCUUCACCUGGAUGAUAAGAGCGUCAUUUCCUUUCGCAGCAAACCCUUGGAUGCCCACUCACGGAAAAGGAAACCCGGUGCUGGACGGAAGAGCAAGUUGGCUUGGAGAGAGAAGUUUUUCCUUACCAUGGUUCGUCUUCGCCGCGGCACAGACAUCCGAAUGCUGGCUGAUCUGUACUUGAUAGAUACUGGGACUGUGAGUCGUAUCAUCGCAACAAUGGUCAACUACAUGUACCUGCGACUGGGAAUGAUUCCAAUCUGGCCGCGUCCUUCCCAAGUGUCAGAACGAUUGCCCGAUGUGUUCAAGGACCUGUAUCCGACAACAUUCUUGAUCAUUGAUGCCACAGAGCUAAAAUGCGAAGUUACGUCCAGUCUGCCUGCACAGUCCCAACUGUACAGCUCGUACAAGACACAUACCACCUUGAAGGGCCUCAUCGGUAUGACCCCAGAUGGUGCUGUGGCGUUCAUCUCCGAGUUGUUCACUGGAUCUAUCAGUGACCGCGAGCUAACGAUCAGAAGCCACUUCCUAGAUCUUCUCCCAGCAGCCGGCUAUGGGACAUCGAUUAUGGCAGAUAAAGGAUUCGACAUCCAGGAUCUUUUAGUGCCGUAUGGCGUCAAGUUGAACAUUCCCCCGUUCAAGCGAUCAGGACACCAGAUGGCCCUAGAAGACGUUCAGAAAACACAACAAAUCGCCAAGUUACGAAUUCAUGUUGAGCGUCUGAUGGAGCGGAUCAAGGAGUUCAACAUCUUUUCCAAGAUUGUUCCAACAACUCUUUUCCCCAUCAUCAAUCAGAUAUGGACAGUCUGUUGCCUUCUCACAUUGUUCCAGGCUCCUUUACUUGCUGAUGCAAAUUAA